UGACAGAUUUACAGACAGCAUACCAACUGGAAACCAACACAAAGAUUUUUUUAAUAAGAUUAAUAAAUUAUAACAAUUUAUAUAUGUAAACGCUCUAAGUUAAAAUUACUUUUGUGAUAUUCAUAUAAAAUUUAUAGUAUUUGUCAUAGCCAUAAUCCGAGACUUUUUAGAACUUUUGGUAUUUCAAUAACACGUCUAGUAUAGUUCUCUUUAUAUGGAAUGUUUUAAACAAGAAUGGAUACCUUACGAAGAUCAUGGAAACUUCAAGAGUUCGUCGCUCACAAGGCAAAUGUCAAUUGUUUGGCAAUGGGACACAAAUCAAAUCAAGUUUUAGCAACUGGUGGAGAUGACAAAAAAGUUAAUCUUUGGGCUAUUGGAAGACAAAGCUGUUUGAUGAGUUUAAGUGGUCACACAACACCAGUGGAAUGUGUUUGCUUCGGUCAUUCAGAAGAUUUAGUCUGUGCUGGGUCACAAACAGGCGCCUUGAAAAUAUGGGAUCUUGAAGCAGCAAAACUUAUAAGAACUUUCACAGGUCAUAAGGGAGCUAUUAAAUGUAUGGACUUUCAUCCAUAUGGAGAUUAUUUGACUACAGGCUCCUGUGAUAGUAAUAUAAAAUUAUGGGAUACAAGGAAGAGAGGAUGUAUUGUAACAUAUUCAAGCCAUCGUCUUGCUGUGAAUAGUCUUCAAUUCAGCCCUGAUGGUCAAUGGAUUGCAUCUGCUUGUGAAGAUGGACUUGUGAAAGUAUGGGAUGUGCGUGUGGGCAAAGUUCUACAAGAGUUUGUUGAACACACUUCACCAGUAACAUGUGUCAAGUUCCAUCCACAUGAGUUUCUAUUGGCCAGUUGUGGUAGUGAUAAGACUGUAAAUUUUUGGGACAUGGAAAAAUUUCAAUUGGUAUCCAAAUUUGAAAAAGACAAUACUUCAAUUAGACAUAUGACAUUUAGUGAUGACGGCACAACCUUAUUGGGUUGUGGCAAUGAUGGCUUGCAUGUCAUAGGCUGGGAGCCUGCUCGAGUGCUGGAUACAGUGUCUGGUCACUGGGGACAAAUACAUGACAUGACUGUUGCUCAAACACAACUCAUAGCAGGAUCAUUCCAUGCAACAUAUGUCGUUCUAUCAGUGGUUGAUCUGAACAAAGUGCAUCCAUUUGGUGGACCGCCUCCCAGUGUUCCCACUGUGGUCAGAGAUUUAUCACCUUUUCAAAAGGGACAUUCUGUUCGUAAAAGCUUUUCUAAGGAAAAACCACCUAAAGAAGUUAUGCACAGACCAACGCUACUGGAUGAGAAAACUGCUGAAGAGUCAGCAUCAGGCACAGAAGCGGACGAGGACUCAGGUGCCGUUAUAUCAAAUAUUAAUGAUUACACUGAAAUAUUCCGACCCUCCAGGGCAUUAACACGAACACCUCCCCCUGCGACCAGUUUAUCAUCUGAUGAUUAUCCAGAACCGAUGCCGGAUACGUCUCGUAAACUGGAGUCGACGAUGAGCACGUCAUUACGUGACCUGAUGCUGGACGAGCCGGCGCCUGCGCAUGUUCCGCAUGCCCCGCACCCCGCGCCAGCGCGUCCGCCCCCCCAGCCCUCGCCUCCACAGCGCCAGCGUGCAGAGUACUCCCGCAUACCCACACCAAAGGAACACUAUGCAGCACUAGAAAAGAAAUCUGAAGUAUUUAACACAGGGGCAUUGGAUAACAGUAAAGAUGACAACUUUUGUAUGAGUAGGAAAACAUCUACGGCCAAUGAAUUUGUUGCCCAUUCCCUAACAGCGUGCUCACUAAACCGACAUAACUCAUACAAAGAAACCAAAACAACUACUGAGAUGUGUGGCAACACUCUCCGACAGAGUACUAGUGAGGUGUCACUGGGCCCGCCGUCCCUAGGACCCAGAUCCUUAUCCUUCAGCAGAUCUCCAAAUCCAAAUACACGACGAAGGGUCGAUAGUGUAAGUCGCGAGCCCGCUCCGCCGCCUCGAAACGAAGACCCCGAGCGGGAGCCGGAGCCCGAAUUCAUUCCCUAUGCUACUGACAGACCUGUUGGCCUCGAUCUUGAUGAAUUUCUACCACGGGGACUGGCAGCGUGCCUGGGGCGAGGCGGUGCGCGCGGCGGUGGAGCUCAGCCCAGCGAGCAGGAGGUGCUCGGAGUCAUGAUGCGAGGACAUGAUUCCAUGAUGGCCGUGCUUGUCGCUAGGCAGCGAGCAUUGCAGAUAUUCCACUCUGUCAGAGUAAAUAAAAGUCUGAAAGCAGCUUUAGAAUCGGUUAUAGCUUUAGAGGACACAUCAGUCAUUCUGGAUAUACUCAAUGUGAUGGCACAUAAACCAUCCUUAUGGAAUUUGGACAUUUGUUUGCUGAUGUUGCCUAAAAUUUAUGACUUGCUGCAAAGCAAAUAUGAAUCGUACAUGCAAUGCGGUUGCAACGCGUUACGUUUAAUAGUGCGUAACUUUUCGUCUGUGGUGCGCGCGAACGUGAGCGCUCCGGUGCGCACGCUGGGCGUGGACAUCCCGCGCGAGGAGCGAUACGCCAAGUGCGCGCAGAUACACCGCCUGCUGCUCGACGUGCGAGCAUUCCUGCUCAAGCGGCAGACGUUGCAGGGUCGUUUAGGUGCCGCCUUCAGGGACCUUCACACUCUCAUGCAGCAAGGACUUGACUAGCCAUGUACAAGCUCUGAACCGGUUCAAAAGUUCAGCUCAUAAUUUGAACUGUUGAGCUGCAGUUCAAUAACUAAAUUGGCAGCUCACAGCUCCCUACUAUGCGAAUCGACGAGCCGCAAGCUGCCCAUUAACUAGAAGUUCGUAAUUCAAUAAGCAAAUCAUAACUCUAUGCAGGAACAAAUUGAGCUGAGCUGGGAUCCGGUUUACUGAUCUGCAAGUCAUACAUCUUAGUUGAGUUUCCCAUGUCUAGACUCUACUGAUAAUCUUCUAAAACACUAUUAGCAGUAUUUUAAUAUCUACUAAUUUUUAACGAUUCCUAAUACUUUUAAUUUAUUUGUUAAACUUAAUUUGGCAGUAAUCAUUCAUUUAUAAUGCUCGUAAUCCAGGGGGUGUUAGUAUGAAUUACAGGAUUUAUUACUGGCUUGAUCCUAACACCUCGCGUUUCUUAUACAUCCAUAUCAUGUAGGUAUGCAAGCUUCUCUGUUACUAGUAUUUCUUAUUUCUUCAAAAUUUCACUAAUGUCAUUGAUAAAACUUUUUCUAGGACACCUGCAAACACUGCCAUUCAGUUUCACAAAAUAGAUUUAUCUGUUAUUCUAUGUUUAUACAAAAAAAUUGUAUAAAUGUGAUGACACUAUAUAUAGACUUUGGUAAAAAAAACAAUGAUGUAUUUCAAAUUUAUAGUUUGAUACUUACCAAUAUAUUGUUUUUUACAAAUUUUAUAUACAAAAUAUCAUAUAAUAGAAGUAUGCUAAACCUUAUGUGGAGCGUGUAACAUAAAACUAACCAAUGUAAGUUCAACAUUCAUUAGACACAUAUAAAAAAGCUUAAUUUUACUUCUAUUUAUUUUUUAAGUGUUCAAUAAAUAUUGCAUAACUGAAAUUCAUAAAAUUGUAUUUAAAAAUUGAAAAAGCUAUUGAAGAUCUCAAUAACAAGACCAAGUUUUGGGUCCAAAACUAUUGUAUGUCCUAAGUUGGAAUAAAUAUAAAUUGUGACUGGCAAUAUUGUGUUGUUUGUGUACUUUUUGUGAAUUAAUAUUGAAUAUUUAUAUGUUUUGUUUUGAUACAAAAGUUUCAAUAAAGUACUUUUCUCUUUGUUUUUUGAAAUCUCAUAUAUUAUAAUUUAUUCAUCAAUAUAUUUUAUCUGACAAUGUAAAACAAGUGCUACUUGACAAACUCGGCAACUCAGAGUUUGCCUAUAAAGCAUCAUCAAAUUUGACAACUUAUUCAAUCAUUUAAAAUUAAUGAAAUAAUGGAAAUCUUUAAUCAACUGACGAAUAUUUAUAUAAUAUGAAAAUCUAACAGAAAUUUUAACAGAAUAGAUCUGAUCAGCGUAAUGAUUGUUAGGUCAUCAUUUUUGUUGUAAAAUUAUUACUGAUAUAUUGCUAAUAACAUAAUAAAAGCUCAUGGUUAACAUGAUUAAAUAUAAAUGAAGGCCUCUUGAAGGCUACACAUUCAAUGCUACCAACUGGCCUGUCAAGUUCACUUACACAGUGAAAAUCAUAGUAGCAUGGAACAUGUUAAGAUUAGGCUUUA